AAUAUUCAACCUGGAAGACAGCGAAACAAUAUUGCGCGUGCAUUUCCUCAUCUUGUGAUUUGUUGCUUUUUUAAUUAAAUAAACUACAUUACCUUUCUGAAUCAUGCUUUCGACUGCCGUUCAGGCGUUGCAGAUACUGUAGAUCUGUACUGCACUAGUACUUCCUUGUUUACAUGAAUAGUAUCAUUUCUUUCGAGGUUCUUCGAUUUGAGGAAGGGGGACAAUGUUUCCUGUAACAUUGAGUUCUAUGAUUGCCACUGCAAUUAUCUUGCUGUCAUGCCCCCUGUUUUUAGAGGGUAAACAGCCGCCGCACAUAGUAUUCAUUCUAGCUGACGACUUCGGCUGGAACGAUGUUGGAUACCACGGUUCAGAGAUCAAGACGCCGAAUCUGGACAAACUGUCAGCUAAAGGUGUCCGGCUGGAAAAUUACUACGUUCAACCUUUAUGUACACCUUCCAGGAACCAAUUUAUGACCGGAAGAUAUCAGAUCCACACAGGCAUGCAGCACCAGAUCAUCUGGCCGUGCCAGCCCUACUGUGUCCCCCUGGAUGAGAAGCUGCUGCCACAGCUGAUGAGAGAGGCAGGCUAUGCCACCCACAUGGUGGGAAAGUGGCACCUGGGCAUGUACCGCAAAGACUGCCUGCCAACACGCAGAGGGUUCGACUCCUAUUUCGGCUAUCUGACAGGCAGUGAGGACUACUUCAGUCACCAGCGCUGCAGUCAUGUCCCUCUCCUGAACGUGACCCGCUGUGCCCUGGACCUGAGAGAGGGGGAGGAGGUUGCUACGGGAUACACAGGGACCUACUCCACUCAGCUGUUUACUGACCGGGUUACCAGCAUCAUCGCUAAACACAACUCCAAAAAGCCCCUCUUCCUCUACGUGGCUCUUCAAGCGGUCCACGCCCCUCUACAAGUUCCAGAGCGCUACGUCGCCCCCUACAGUUUCAUAAAGGACCCGAACCGCAGGCUGUAUGCUGGUAUGGUGUCCGCUAUGGACGAGGCUGUGGGCAACAUUACGCUGGCACUGCAGGAGACCGGCCUCUGGGACAACACUGUGCUGGUCUUCUCUACAGAUAACGGGGGUCAGACUCUGGCGGGGGGUUCUAACUGGCCUCUGAGAGGAAGGAAGUGGUCACUGUGGGAGGGUGGGGUUAGGGGCGUUGGCUUCGUAACUAGCCCGCUGCUGAAUCAACCUGGGACUGUCAGCCGCCAACUCAUACACAUCUCUGAUUGGCUGCCGACACUGGUGGGCCUGGCCGGGGGAUCGACCGAUGGGACGAAGCCACUGGACGGCUAUAAUGUGUGGAACGCUAUCAGUAAAGGUCACGCUUCACCCAGACUGGAGCUGCUACACAACAUUGACCCUCUCUAUGUUGACAUCGCUCCAUGUCCAGGCAGUGCUUCCCAGGGGUUGCCUGUCUCUAAUGCUCCAGUGAGGCGUGGAGGCUCCACCUCCAACCCUUGGUCCUGGUCCAACUCAGGCUUCAACGUGUCUAUCCACGCUGCCAUCCGCAGCAUGCAGUGGAAGCUGCUGACUGGCUACCCAGGCUGUGACCGAUGGUUCACCCGUCCAGGCUUGGAGAACAGUUCUGGAACCAACAGUUCUGCUUCUGUUAAUCCUCUGAAGCCUGUGAUGCUGUUUGAUGUGGAGGCGGACCCAGAAGAAAGGGAUGAGGUGUCUGACCAGCACCCCAACGUGGUGGACAACCUCCUCAGGAGACUAGGCCACUACCUGCAGAGGUCUCAGCCAAUCACCUUCCCUGAUGACGACCCCAGGUGUGACCCUGGCACUGGAGCCUGGGGGCCCUGGGAAUAGACACAAUGGUGGGGAUGACGAUGAAGGAGAAGUGUAAAGUCCCAGAUUCCAGCUAUGAAGAGACAUGAAUAGUAUUCAAGAUCUCAAUGGUCACUUUUCCUCCGGGUGGGUGGGUUGGUUGGUAGGGUGGGUAUGCUGCAUCCGUAUAUGCGUGUGCUGUUGUGUGUAUGUCUGUGUGAGAGAGGCUGUCUGGUGUUUUUAUCGAGUCACUUUAAAAGGUGCCAUUUGAUGUUUUAUGGUGCAACAAAACUCAAAUCAGGUCAUGAUGUUCCUUAAAUACAUUUCCCUUUUAGUUGUUUUACCAGACGCUCUUUAUCCAGAGUGAUUUACGGUAGGAAUUAGGGUUACGUGCCUCAAGGGCACAUCGACAGAUUUUCCCCCUAGUCGGCUUCGGGGAUUCGAACCUUUCGGUUACUGGCCCAACGCUCUUAACUACUAGGCUGCCUACCGAAUAGAAGCUAGUUUUGAUGUAUUUCAUGGAUGGCCCAAGCAGGGAAUACACAGUACCCGUCAAAGUGAAGAUGUUUCAAAUGCUACAUCUGACUGUGCACUUCUUACAUCAAAUAAACCUUUUCAUGUACAAUAAC